CAAUCCAUUUUCCAAAGCCACCCAGCGGGCCAGUUUGGGCCACAUGUUUGACACCCCUGACCUAGCAGAUCCUGGUUCUGAACAUACAUGAUGAACAGCAGAGAAAUGGCAGGAAGUUUAUUUUUGUGACGUCCAUCAUGAAGAGAAAGUAACGUAGGCUUUAACAACGGGAGAGCAACAAAUCCAAGUUAACCUGAGUUAUUCUGCAGCAUUUAGUAAAGGUGAAACAGUAUGAACUUUACCUGCUUCUUUUUACUCUUUCUUAGCUUCUUUGUAGUCCUUCUAACUGUUCUCAUUAAGAGCAGGCGAAAAAGCUUAUUGCAGAGUGUCAGCUGGGCUGUUGGUACCAGCUCGAAAAUGUCUUAAAUGGGUCCAGAAAGCGGUUCAUUUAACGGGAGCAGCCUAAAUGAUACCUGCUGUGUAUGUGCAGGUGGAGAAACCAUUAAGAGUAUUAACCAGCAGUCUGGAGCUCACGUGGAGCUGCAGAGGAAUCCUCCCCCCUCCACCGACCCCAACACCCGGGUCUUCACCAUCAGAGGCACCGCCCAGCAGAUGGACCUGGCUCGCCAGCUCAUAGACGACAAGAUCGGGGGUUCGGGUAUUAUGAGUAACGGAGGUUUCGGCUUCAGUCCCUUCACCCAGGGUCCUGCUGCACACCAGAACUGUGGUAGCGGACAGACCUUCCUCACUGGUGUUUGGGGAAACACCUACCAGACCAGCUGGCAGAACCCAGGACAGCAAGACCCAGGUCACAGUAUGGCUCAGACAGGACAGAUGGACUACUCUAAAGCAUGGGAGCAGUACUAUAAGAAGCUAGGUCAGCAGAACCAGCCUCAGAGCUUGAUGACGGACUACAGUAAGGCCUGGGAGGACUACUACAAGAAACAGAGUCAGUCGUCUCAGCAGAGUUCAGUGCCAGAAUACACUGCAGCAUUAGCAGAAUACUACAGACAGCAGCAGCCCUACCUGUGGAAUCCCACACAGAUACAGGAUCACUAGAGGCUCCUCCCUCACCAGCGAAGGCCUCGGAUGGUCAUCGAUGGCAUCCGAAUCGGGGUUUCCUAGCAACGCUCUGCCGCUUCCUCCUUCUUUUUGUAGAGAAAAACUAAGGAUUAACUGAAAAAUCAUGAAC